AUACACAGCUAAACGACAAACUGUAUUUAUGGAACAUAGUGAAGAUGACUUCGAUAUAACAGAGUAUUUUAAAGAAUCCUUUCACUUUACUAAGAAUAUUAAUGACAUAACUAAGGAUAUUGAGGUGAUAUCUUUGAAGGAGGGUGACUCAUUUGAUAAUUUUGAUGAGGCAAAGCUUCAUAUACGUCGAUUUGCUGAAUAUAGAGGGUUCAAAAUACGACUUGGACAUGUGAAGAUGUUAGAUACUACAGAGAAUGUCAAAGAAAUUCGUAAACGAACAAUUCUCUGCAAACAUUCAAGCAUGUUUAAACAAAAAAAUGUUGAGAAGCAAAAUGACACUCAUAACUAUGAUUUAUUACUCAAAGUGAUUCAAUUUGAAAAAAAUAAGCAAUUCACAGAUGAAAUGAGAAAAGAAAUUGAAUUUCUUGUUACUAAGUGUCGUUUGGGUGCAACUAUAAAGGAGAAAACCAAUACGUUGAUUAAUUUGUUUUGGAUGAGUUCUGAACAAAUUAUAUUAUGGUGUGAAUUUAAUGAGGCAAUAGGACAUGAUAACACUGUGGGUACUAAUAGAUAUAACAUGCCUUUCUCUUUAUUUGUAAUACAGGAUAAUAACAUGCAGUCCCGUAUUGUUGCUCAGGCUUUUGUCAGCAAUGAGUCAACUGAAACAUACCAAUGGGUUCUUAGAAUAACUAAGAAAGCAAUGAAUAAUAGAUGCCACAAGUUUUGUAAAGUGCUGAUGGAGCGAAGUAGUGAGAAACAAAAAAGAAAGAAAUUUGAGGAAUGGAAAAGGAGUAUUCCUUCUAUGGUAAACACAACCACCAUUUUUUCCACAAUUAAAUCUUUAGUUAAAUGCUAUUUGAGAGUGAAUGUUGCCUAUUUUUUAGUAGAGCAAAUGAAAGAAACUUUAUACUAUACUGCUAGUCAUGCUACAAUCAAAGAAAUUGAGUCGCUUACUUCUUAUGAAUCUUCACAAAGUAAAGAUAUAGAUAAUGAGCCUGAUGCAAUCAUUUUGUGUGCUACAUAUCUGUUGAAGCAUUUAGAACAAACCUCGAUUGUGAAAAUCUGGAAAAUAUCAAGAGUCACAAGCCAUGGAAUCAACCAUUUCAUAUUUCUUUUUUGUGGAUGGUUCGCACAAUUUAGUUUACAAUUAAUUGCACCACGUUGGAUUCCUAAGCAACAAAGGUUAGAUGUAGUAAAAGAAUACCCACAUCUUGGUCAACAUUUUAAUAAUAUAAAAAAUACAACUACUGAUACUGACAUGACUCUAAGAAGCAAUAUGAAUCAGCAUGUGUGGUUGCAACCAUUUGCUA